CAAGAUCUUAAUAUCUUUUCUGUUUUAUUGCAGAUCACAUAUGCCAUAUUUGGAAAAGAAUGAGACUUUACAACCACAGAAGGCAAUGCAACAAGAGCAUAAAUCAGAAGAAGAUCAAACGGCUAUCAAUAAGAAAAACACCCUGACCAUUUUGUUGCUGGGACAGACCGGAAGUGGGAAAAGCGCUACAGGAAACACCAUACUAAGAAAACAACAUUUUGAAUCUUACGCCAGUUCUCUCCCAGUAACCGAGGCAUGUCAGAUGGCAGAGGAAACCAUUUGUGGAAUAAAGAUCAGGGUCAUAGACACUCCAGAUUUUUUUGAUGAGGCACUAAAAAACCAAGACAAACAGAUAAAAAGGUGCAAAGAGCUCAUUCAGCCUGGGCCUGAUGCGUAUGUACUGGUUAUGGAGCUCGGUCGUUUCACGGAUGGAGAGAGAGAGAUAAUUGACAAUAUACAGAGAACGUUUGGUGAGGACGUGGUGAGAGAAACCAUUAUUGUGUUCACUGGCAAAGAGAAGCUAAGAGGAAAAACAUUAUCAGAGUACAUUGAAAAUACGGACACCCACCUGCAGCAGCUUAUACGCACCUGCGGGACGAGAUGUCUUGCAUUUAACAACAAUGAUCCCAAUGAUCGACAGUUUCAAAAACUUUUAGAAAUGAUUUUGGAAAUGAAGAAACAAAAUGGUAAUACUGACAUUUUGGAAUACCCUACGUUUUAUAAGACAUCUGAGAAAAAAGACUGCAGAAUCCAGUAAACAAAAAGGAGAGUACUUAAAGGUUACAUAUCACGAAAAUCUGACUUUUAUUAUGUUUAAGUGCUAUAAUUGUGUCCCCAGUGCUGCUAUCAACCUAGGGUCAACCCAGUAACUUAGUUUUGAUAAACCACUCUCUGAAAGCAUGUGAAAAAAUAGGUCAUUGAAAUUUGGCCCCCUUGUGAUGUCAGAAGGGGAUAAUACCACCCCUUAAUCUGCACUAUCCAACCAAGGCCCUGUCAUUUAGUGUAGAGAUCAGCUCAUUUGCAUUUAUGGGACACACCCAAAAACAGCACAUUUUUGCUCACACCUACAAAGUGGCAAUUUUAACAUGUUAUAAUAAAUUAUCUGUGGGGUAUUUUACACUAGAACUUUACAUACGUAUUCUGAGGACACCAAAAACUUAUUUGGCAUCUUAUAAAAUUCUUGUGAAAUGCCCCCUUUAAAGGAAUGAUACUGUCAUCAUUUACUCAUAUUCAUGUUGUUCUAAAACUGUACGACUUUCCUUAUUUUGCUGAAUACAAAAGAAGAUAUAUUGAUAAUUUAUGGUAUAAAGAAACUCAUACAUCAGGUUUAAAAUAACAUUUACGAGUUUACACGAACAUUAAUUUGUAUAUAAACGUAUGUGUAUUUGGCGUGCUGUCAGGGGAUGGCUCCUAGCUGGGAAUUUGACCCAAAGUACUCCUACUAUUUACUGAGAAAGAAACCAACCAAGAGUGAGGUGAUGCGGUGGGGAAGGGAUGAAACUUGCCGCGGGGUGAGAAAUGGCUUUAUAUACCAGCUUUCACUUGAACUGAUAAGUUAAAUUUCAUCCUGGGCCACAUCAGCAUUACGGUUGCUCUCAAAGGGCCAGUUGUAUUUGUAAGACUAUAUGAAUCUAUCAGUUCUUUUAUUACAUUGCAUAAUUACCUCUGCAUAAUAACUCAAGCUUUGAAAGUAGAAGGCCAGAACAAAUAUUAAAAAAGUAUAAGUGCAACCUACAUCCUAUUAAAUGUGGUAACAAAAACACAUGUUGUAUGUGAGCACACACUUUGAUUUCUCUGUUAUCCUUUAUUGUGCAGGUAAUAUAAUGAGAGGAAUUUUCAGAUACCAAUAAAGAGCUUUACAA